AUGACACCAAGCAGUUUCGCUUCAAGCUUUCUCUUCGUGGACUCACCUACCUCAACGAUAACUACUCCGUCGGUAUUGCUGCGCUCUACGGCAAAUGCGGACGAUGAUUUUGCUGAGAAGUAUCGAUCAACACGACUACUGUUCCCUGGGAACAUGUCGGCAAAACGAAGACGAAGGCGACCCACGGAAUCUCCGCGUCAUGGUAAAAGUAGCAACAAAGCCAGCACUAGCGCACGAGCCUCGGCGUUUUUGUGCAGCGGAGAAGAAGAUCAAUCUCGAAUUAUAUCGACUACAAGAACAGCAACAGCACGGAAGCUGUUAUCCUCGUCGACCCGUCCUUCAAACACUUCCUUCAUCACCGUGAAUUGCAACGGGUUCCGCAAUCACACUCCUCUUGCGCAAGCCCUGUACAAUUCCCAACCGCAUUGCCGCAUCGGCGACGUGCCGCCGACUUCACAGCAGAUCGUCUUGGUUGCGAAAGACGUGGACAACCUGGAGGAUAACGGGGAUGGGUUGGGCCCGCAACCGAAAACGCAUUUGUUAGUGUCCCACGUCCCACCGUUCGAUCUGACCGACCCGGUGGGGACGGUGUCCGUGCCGAAGGCCCACGACACGGAGGUUUCUUCCUCCGACAUGAAGGCGCAACUCAUGGCGACGUAUUGUGAGGAAAAAUCCCCCCUCCCCAUACCAAACCGGGACACUUCUGAAAAUUUGUGAUGCAGAUUUGAAACCACAAAUCGUCGCUGUAUUGCAUGAAGGCAAGUCUACAGGCUCCGCCACAUUCUACAGGCGGUUUGUCAUGCUGUUGCUCCUACAGCGUAGAGGUCUGCCAUGCUAAGCGCCUAGGCCAAAACUUGUCUACUCAGGCCUGAUACGGGCCUGCAGUCCUCGCCGGCAAGACAAAUCUGAUUUGUGGCCUCAAAUACAGCAUCACAAAUUUCGUUUUCGAUAUGGGGAGGGGGGAUUUUUCCUUUCGAUACGACGAUGAAAUUCACCAGCAACAUGAUGAAGAACCUGGUCAACAUCAUGCCGGGAGACCCGAGCGAGAAGGAACUGCUUUGGAACGAGACGAAGCACAUGAACAACCAGAUGAAGCGGAAAACCCACAUGGACUACUUGACUUCCAUCCCCUGGCGGUCGGUCCAGCCGAGUCGCGAGGAAUUGCUGGCGGGAGUUCGGGGGAUCGAAGACGAGUACCCGCACCGGCUGGUGUUUUCCGCCUACGCGCUGGACCGGUCGUUCCACGACGAGAUCAAGGCGAGAUUGGUGAAAAAUUGGACGUGGACAUCGUUGCACAACUUGAUCCGCAAACACGUCUUGGAACGCGCGGACACCACGGCGAUCGUCUUGCGGCAGAGGCCGGCGGACAUUGACGCGAAAGUGUACGACUACCGCAACCCGGAUUCCAGUGCGGUGCUGAUGCAAAGCUACAAAGACGCGUUCAGCUACAGCAAGAAGAUCGGAUGAAAACUUGCAGUGGAACUGCGGGUGAUUAUGUGCAUAUUAGCUCGUCUUCCACCGUAAGAUGAUAGACACAAAAUCAAACAAAAAAUCAUCAGCACUUCGUUCCCUUUGCGAUGAAGCUGGGUUUUUGUUUUCAAAAUGAACAGAAGCGAAAUAAAC